AUGCUUCGAUUCACUAAUGUCGAUAAUAAACCAACAAGGCUUCCACCUGUCUAUGGAUAUCACACUAAUCCACUGCUGCCACUUCAACAAGCUCUUGAUCCUAUUGUCUCUAAAAUAGACCAAUUAGAUCAAUUUAUUAAAAUUGCAAGGAAUGAAUGUCAUUUUCCUUCGGAACAUGGUCUUACUCGUGAAGAAUCAGCAUCAAUCUACCUAUAUACUAUGGAUUGGGGUGAACAAAGUCUCUAUCGAGUACUCAACGCAGUCAUUCGUGAGAAAGAUCGAUCAGUAUUAAUACCGUGGCAUGGUUAUCUCAAACUAUGUGAUUACUGCAUUGAAAAAACUAUCUAG